CAGCAUCAUUGCCGACCUCGUGUCGUCGUUCCCGGAUGACAUGCCCGACAUCAAGAAGGCCACCAACCAUCUGGAACCUUUGAGCCACCUCGAUGCUCAGAUGGCUCUGUAUUUCCCCGGGAGACCCGGCCGUAUGGGUGUUCAGGAUAUGCCUGAGGCGCCCGUUAUCCGCGCUGAGCGACACCGCCUUCGCCACUGGCUCUCCACCAACCUCAAGAUCCAGUGGAACAAGCGUGUCUCUCGAAUCGAGGAAGAUGACCAAGGUGUCACGGUGUUCUUCGAGGAUGGAACCAGCGCUAGCGGCGACAUUCUCGUCGGUGCUGAUGGAAUCAAGAGCGUCGUACGUGAGCAUGUCACGGGAAAGCCCAACAGCGAGCUUCUCAAAGUCGUCCCCCUCGCGGCCAUCGUGGGCGAAGUUACGCUCUCAGGGGAGCAGUUCAAGCGUCAACUUGCGCUCGGUCACAGUGCCUACGUCUACGUCAGCCCCGAUCUAGGCUUCUGGAACUUCUGCGCCUUGCACCACGUCCUGCCCGACGGCGUCUCCGGCAAGCACUACUGGAUGUUCAUGCAGCCGGACGUCCGCGUGGCCGAGCCCGACCACUGGCUGCAGACCGCGACGCAGGAGGAGAAGCUCGACCACGUCAUGAAGGCCGUGGCCAAGAUGCCCGCCCAGUUCCGCGAGCUCUUCGAACUGACCCCCGUCGAGGGCAUCAGAAAGCAGCCUCACGUCUGGCGCGACCUGGAACUCGAGAGCCUCCCCGCAGGCAGAGUGGUCCUCGUCGGCGACGCAGCGCACGCCAUGACGCCUUUCCGCGGCGAAGGAGGCUACCACGCCUUCAUCGAUUCGCUCAACCUGUCCAAGAUCCUGAGCAGGCCUGGUUUCGAUGUCAAGGACAGCGAGGCGGUCAGGGCUGCCGUCUCUGAGUACAAUGCUGAGAUGCUGGAGCGCGGGACGGAUGCGGUGCGCAACUCGAGGAAUGAGCAGGGGGCUAGGAAGACCAAGGAUGGGAAGUUGAUGUCUGCGGGCCAGGUGGUGAGGCCUCUCCCUGAGGUGGCGAUUGUCUUGCCGCCUGUUCAAGCGUAGUGACCUUCAGGGACUGGUAUGGGAGUUCGGCCGCGGUCGGUUCAUAGAUUCAAUGGAAAGUCAUUCGAUCGUUUUGGAAGAGGGGACUUUUGACGUGAGGGCAUGAGCCGCUAUGGAAGAAGGAGCAGUACGCUUUCGCUGAUGCCUCCUGCUUUGUUAGGAUUAAGGUAGCUAUACUCCGCCUUUUCACGCCCGACUGAACAGCGAGGGGUCCGAUAGGGGGAAUUGGUCACGGUUGUGUAUAUCUGAGACCGACGUCAAGUGCUAAGUCAACCGCAAAUGCUAGGG